UUACACUACUGUAUAGGCCAAGAAAAUCGAUCGUUACAUUGAUAUUGACAUUGUCAUCAUCACCAUGGCCUCAACACCUCCAUACCUCGAGAAGCUCAGAUCCAUUCCCAAAGAGUCGUUCCUCUUCGGACCAUCUCCCAUUCAAUACCUUCCCCGUCUGACAGCAGAAUUGGGGUCCAAAGUCAAGGUAUACGCCAAACGCGACGACUGCAACUCUGGUCUGGCAUACGGCGGGAACAAAGUCCGCAAACUCGAAUACCUGGUCGCAGAUGCCUUGUCCAAGAACAGCACGCAUCUCGUAUCCGUUGGAGGAGUGCAGUCCAACCACACGCGAGCCGUCACAGCAACAGCAACAGCCUCCGGCCUCAAAGCGGUGACCAUCCAGGAAAAAUGGGUUCCCAUCGACCCACCGUUGUACGACAAGACCGGCAACAUCCUGCUAUCGAGACUGAUGGGUGGCGACGUGAGACUCAACAACGAAGGCUUCCACAUUGGCCACAAGACCGCCACGCAAGAAGCUUUCGCCGAGAUUGAGAAGGCUGGUGGAAAGCCUUACUACAUCCCUGCGGGAGCGAGCGACCAUGAACUGGGAGGGUUGGGUUUCACGAACUUUGUAGUAGAGAUUGCAGAGCAGGAAAAGGCUCUCAAUCUCCCCUUCUUCGACACAUUGGUGGUGUGUUCCGUCACCGGCUCCUCCCACGCCGGUCUCAUUGUUGGCGCUGUAGCAGAAGGUCGGGGACGGAAAAUCAUCGGCAUCGACGCCAGUGGCAAACCGGCCGAGACCAAGGCUCAAGUGGCGAGAAUUGCGAGAAAUACGGCGAAGCUCCUCGAUGAAAAGCUGGAGAUUCCCGACGAGGCGGUUGUGCUCGAUGAAAGGUUUCACGAGGGCAUCUAUGGAAUUCCGGGGCCGAGCACGAUUGACGCGAUGAAGUUGGCUGCGAGGACGGAUGCCCUGAUUACCGACCCCGUGUAUGAGGGGAAGAGUAUGGCGGGAAUGAUGCAACUGAUUCGCGAGGGGGCGAUUAAGGAAGGGAGUCAUGUGUUGUAUGUGCAUUUGGGCGGCCAGCCGGCUCUGAAUGCGUAUUCGAGUUAUAUCGAGUAACACGAUAGAUGGGUUGGUUAAAGCGAGGUUUCAUGUGCUCUCAAUACCAUCUUGGCGAUGUGCAAU